CACCACGGCACCACCGUCACUGACGUACAAAAAAAAAAUGCACACCAAUUCCUCAGACCACUUCUUUUUUUGAGUCACAGAUCACAGCAAGAGCGAAAGAAAAAACGAAAAAGAAACACUAGAGGCGACCAAGAAAUCCGCCUUGCCAUCUCCGUUUCGUAUAUGCCCUGAGAAUUCGGAAUUUCCACACGAAUUUCACGAGGUUUUCCCUCGCCGCGACCUGCGAUCUCGCUUGAAAGAGAUGCCCCAGAUCACGGGACCGGUGUGAGGACUGAGUCGCCGACCUCCGACCUCACCGGGGGCAUUCGAUUCGUCCCGAUCCUCACCCCUCCUCUCUCGCGUGUUCAGCCGUGCAGGUUUGUCGGGCUGCCGGCCGGGGAAGGAAUGCUUGUGUCGACAUGCUAGGCCGCGGAGCCGUGCGGUCGCUGUUGGAUCGUCUCCGGGCUCCGCCUCUGGGUUGGAAUUGGAAUCCCAGCUCCGCCGCCAUGCCUCCGCCGCCGCCGCCCUCGCCGGCCGCCGCGAACCGCGCCUGCCUCUGCAGGUUCGCCCACUCGACCGCGCGCUGCGGCGGCGAGAGCGGCAGGACGCUGCCGGGUAAUAGAGCGGUGUUCCUUGAUCUGGGAGUCGGGACAUGGAGGAGGUUCGCGCCGAGCGGCGCGCUCAGCUUGAAGGGGUGCUUGGGUUGGCAGGAUGGCGGCGGCGGCGAGUUCAGGAGGAGGGUGGACGGGGAGGCGGCGGGGAUGAAGGCCCAGGUGCUUACCACGCAGCGGCAGCUGAUGCGCGAUCCGGAGGUGCUGCUGCCGCUGGAGGAGUCCGCUGCAAGUGUGAAGAGCAUCAACGGGAAUGGUGCCUGCCGGCGAGGGAAGCCGCUAGGGUUCCCGGAGCAGCCUGUGGCAGCUAAGAUGGUGGUUGCUGUUGAUGUGGAUGAAGUUCUUGGUAGCUUUCUUGCAGCUCUGAACAAAUUUAUUGCUGAUCGUUAUUCAUGGAAUCACUCAGUAUCAGAGUACCAUGUAUAUGAGUUCUUUAAGAUAUGGAACUGUUCUCGAGAAAGAGCUAAUUUUCUUGUCCACGAGUUCUUCACAACCCAAUACUUCCAAGAUGGUAUUCAUCCUAUCCCAGGGGCUAGAGAUGCUCUCCAAACUCUUUCUUCUUUCUGUAGCUUGUCUGUAGUAACAUCUCGGCAGGAUGUGAUUAAGAAUCACACAUUGGAAUGGAUUGAGAAGUAUUAUCCAGGCUUAUUUGAGCAGAUCCAUUUCGGGAAUCAUUUCGCUUUGGAAGGUCGAUCAAGACCAAAAUCAGAGAUUUGCAGGUCUUUUGGCGCUCAGGUUCUUAUCGAUGACAACCCGAGAUAUGCUCUAGAGUGUGCUAAUGAUGGCAUGAGGGUCCUUCUAUUCGAUUAUGAUAACUCGUAUCCUUGGUGCAAAACUGGAGUUGACGAAUUGCAUCCGUUGGUGACAAAGGUUCACAACUGGGAAGAAGUUGAGGAGAAACUUCUUUCUUGGGUAGUACCUGAGAGCUGACAUUCUUCAAUCUUGUAUUAAGUUUGAGAUUAUUAAAUGUUUCCUUUUGGCUGAUUUCUAAAGAAACAUGAUAGGGUGAAGACUGCUUUGUUCCUAGAGCUUGAUUCUCAAUACAGAUGUCAACGUAAACUAGGAUAUUCCAUAUCGUAGUAACGGACUGGAAACCAGUUAGUAUCCGACUGUCCGAGGUCAGUCUGAGCUGUAGUCUCUUCUGCUCUCAGAGAUCAGAUUCUUAAUUCAUCCUUUUGCUGUAGCGGGUGUACUAUGUAUAUAUCGACGUUGCCAUAUGGCUAAGAUGGUAUUAUGAAUUGUUCUGAUGCAGAAAA